AUGACAGCUACCAGGCGCAAUCAACCCGAGAAACUCGCGACGCGACCAGAUCAACUGCGCGCCCCAAUCUCCGCAACAAAGAUCCUCAAACCAGGCGCAACCAAGUCAAAUACUUCCCAAGUCAACCCAAAACCGAAGCGACGACGUGGAAGACCCUUUAAGAUGCCUCAAAAAUCCCUUUUCACGGUUCAACCGGUCGAUGCGACUCGCGACAAUGUCACCCCUCUCUCACCUCCGCCCCGCCGCCUAUCGAUCCUCGAAGCCCUGCCCGUCGAAGUCAUUGAACAGAUAUUCCUGUACUCCUUGAACAUCAAUUUCGCUCGCGCCUCUCCGGUUCUUGCUGCAGCAAUCUCUAGUGAACGAAUCUAUCGUCUCCUCAUCCUUCUCGCCUUUUGGGAUGACCCCGGAGAGCACCCCGUCAGCGCCGAGAUUAAACGCAUUCUCUCUCCGGUCGACUAUGACUACAUAGGACGACUGCCCCGGGGGAGGCGCUCGCUUUUACAAGCCCAGCUCUUCUCCUGCAGAUGGUGUACGAUGGAGCGUUUACUGAAGCAAGUCCCGACACUCAUGGUCCUUACCAUCCAUCGCAAAUGGCUCGACACGGGAAUUACAAUGGAACCAAAUGAGCUGAAAGCUUUGCAACGGUUCAUGAAGCGCGAGGAUGACUCAACACUUGUUUUCAAUGCCAAAGGUCCUCUCAUCUUCCAAUUCGCACAAUUGUUGGGUCCCUACGCACAUCUUCGUCAUCUGGAUAAAAAUCCCUACCAUGUCUAUAAGCUACGCAUCACGCCUAUGACUCAGGUAGAGAUUAUUUCCGUCAGAUCGAAGAUCGUGACUUCCACUCCUGCUCUAGAUCUGUGUGCUUUCCCGGAGAAAUUACUUCGUGGUCGCAAGUCAGGAUUCACACCCCAGGAUGUCGCUUUCCUCGAAAUGUUGCGUAUGACUUCCGAUAACUACAAGCACAUCGAGUCCCCAGUCGUUCCAUGCACGGACACCAUAGUGAAUCGCACGGCUUUACAUGAUGGUGUUCGUAAUGCGAUCGAAACUCAAAACUUCAACGCUCUCAUCUCCCUCCUCAAGAUCGACGAGUUUCUCUUUCGCUUCAAGGCAUCUAAUCAAGGUGAACCGGUCUACUACACCUUCCCCUCGGAACAUUUCGUGCAGGUCACACGGGUCGGAAGAGAGAAAAAUCAUCUCAAUGUCGCUUUCUUCGAAGCUCUGCUUCGUGCGAGUGCUGAGUCUUUACCUCCUACAGCGCAGGAACUGGUACAAUGGUCUGUUGAUAAUGUGAGACUUGCGGAAGAGAAUCCGUCUGUUUACAACGAGAUCAAUUCGAAGUUCGCGUACUGGUUGUCGAAUUUCAUGUUACGUCUUCCGGCUCAGAUUGAUUAUGCAUGGGAUGAACCCACUGGUCAACUGUUUACACUUGGUCAGUUGGAUUUGCAUGAUCUGGAAGGUUGUCGAUUCAUGGAUGAGGUUUUACAACCUAAUCGAGAACCGUUUGGGAACUGGACAGCUGAGUCGACCUUUCGGUUGGAGGAUCUUUGGGUGAAGAAGCCUGAUUCUUCAUAG